CGCAGGGGCGCUGUGGGGACGGACCGUGCGGGCGCAGCUCCGCCAUGGCCGCCCGUCCGCUGAACGUGAACGUGGGGGUGCUGGGGCACAUCGACAGCGGCAAGACGGCGCUGGCGCGGGCGCUCAGCACCACCGGCUCCACCGCCGCCUUCGACCGGGCGCCGCAGAGCCGCGCGCGGGGCAUCACGCUGGACCUGGGCUUCUCCUGCCUGCGCACCGCGCUGCCGCCGCAGCUGGGCCCGGGGCCCGGAGAGCUGCAGUUCACGCUGGUCGACUGCCCCGGGCACGCCUCCCUCAUCCGCACCAUCAUCGGCGGUGCCCAGAUUAUCGAUUUGAUGAUGCUUGUAAUAGAUGUGACAAAAGGGAUGCAGACACAGUCAGCAGAGUGCUUGGUAAUUGGGCAAAUUGCCUGCCAGAAGAUGGUGGUGGUUCUGAACAAAAUAGAUCUCCUUCCAGAGGAAAAGAGACAAAGUGCCAUUGAGAAGAUGACUAAGAAAAUGCAGAAGACCUUGGAAAAUACUAAGUUCUGUGGGUGUCCUAUUGUUGCUGUUGCAGCAAAGCCGGGUGGACCGGAAGCCCCAGAGUCUGAGAAUCCACUGGGUGUUUCUGAAUUGAUUGAGGUCUUGAAGUCUCAGGCUUACCUGCCAUCAAGAGACCCCUCAGGACACUUCCUUAUGGCAGUCGACCACUGUUUCUCUAUCAAGGGUCAAGGCACAGUGAUGACAGGGACUAUUCUUUCUGGCUCUGUUAGCCUUGGUGACAGUGUGGAGAUUCCUGCCCUGAAGGUGACAAAGAAAGUCAAGUCCAUGCAGAUGUUCCAUACUCCUGUGACUUAUGCUAUGCAGGGUGACAGAGUAGGUAUCUGUGUAACCCAGUUUGAUCCCAAACUGCUGGAAAGAGGCCUGAUUUGCACCCCAGAUUCACUUCACACCAUCCAUGCUGCAAUAAUUUCCUUGAAGAAAAUCCAGUAUUUUCGAGGAACUCUUCAGACUAAGGCCAAGUUCCACAUCACAGUUGGUCAUGAAACAGUUAUGGGAAGAGUGAUGUUUUUCAGUCCAGCCCCUGCUGACUUCAAUGAAGAAAUUCAAGAAAAUGUUUUUGAUUUUGAAAAAGAUUAUCUUUAUCAAGAGCAAUAUUUGUCCAAGGACUCAGUUUCGUCAGAGGAGAACAAAGAAAAUGACCAGGCAGGAGAAGUCCAACUCCCAAAACAACAGUGGGCUUUGCUAGAGUUUGAAAAACCAGUCACUUGUCCUAAACUGUGCCUUGUGAUCGGCUCCAAGCUGGAUACAGAUAUUCAUGCAAAUACCUGCAGGCUGGCAUUCCAUGGGGUGCUGCUCCAAGGCAUGGAAGACAAGAAUUACACAGAGACUUUCCUUCCAAAGCUGAAAGUGUACAAACUGAAGCACAAAGAAGGACAAGUGGAAAGGGUGAUGGACGACUACAGUGUGAUUGGUCGUUCGUUGUUUAAAAAGGAAACAAACAUCCAAAUUUUUGUGGGUCUGAAAGUGAAGCUAUCUACAGGAGAAGAUGGAAUAAUAGAUGGUGGGUUUGGACAAAGUGGUAAAUUUAAAAUCCGAAUUCCAGAUGGACUGAAGCCAGAUACCAAGAUGCUUCUUACUGUUGCCUCCAAGAAGAAAUCUAAGGGAGGGAAGGGGGAUAUGACCAAGGAAGAUGAAAGCAGCAAGAAUGAUUCAGCCCAACCUGUUACUAUCUCUCUUAGCUUUAAGAGAUACGUCUUUGACACGCAGAAGAAAAUGAUUCAAUCCUGAGAAAGUAAGGGAGGCCUCUAAUAGCACCUGAAAGUCCAGACUGAAGUGAUUUGAGGUGGAAUGUAUUUCUUUUCUGGACACAUUAGACUUGUUACUUCUUCACCAACAAAGCCUGGAAGCUUCUGCUGAUUAUAUGCCCCCUUCCACGAUCUUUACCAUCUUAUAUUGUUUGUUAGAAUUUGCUUAUUUUGUCAUCUUUGUGAUGUGAAUCUUUAUGGCAUCUCAGAUAAUGUCACCUGCCAGAUUGGGUGUACAUUUGGGUGUACAUUGUAAUUGCACUGUUUUUCUGGAGAAUUGUGUUGAAGCUUCUCUUGAUUUAGAAGUUUGCCACCAGUAUAAAUCUAAAUCAAGUCAGGAUGUGAAUUUCAUGUGACCCACAAAGGGAAGCUGAUUAUUCUAGGCUUACUUCCCUGAGCAAAGCAGGAGACAGAAAGUGCACAGUUUAAUAGGUGAAACCUAAAAUGGAUGUUUCACAUUCCUUCAGCUGCAGCUAUGUAAGAUGCUAUCUGAGAGAUGGUAUGGAUGUUUUUUAUAAAUAUGAUUUAUAUCUAGAAAUGUUUUUCAUAUUAAACAUAAUAAUGUGUGUGACUGAGAGAGUCUUAAUUAUUCUGUUUACUCUUCCAAAGGUUCAGAACCUAUCUUCAGUGGCAUUUUAUAUAACUUUUCUGAAUUUCCUGCCUGUUCUCCAGUGAAUCCUAUUCCAGAACUGUUUUCUUUUUUUUUUAUUUUUUUUUUUGUAACCACAAUAUCUUUUGUGUGUGAAAGAAAAAGUUGCCUCUGGAAAUAGUCAAGGGCUUUAUUUCAUUAAAAUAAUGAUAGAAGAUUGCUGCAUAA